GUUCAAGCUCCCCGGGACAUUUGAGCUUUCAAUUUCGACACCAAAUUUCAUUCAACGAGACAUCACAACGACAAUCGCAAGCUCGCAAGCUCGCAACAUGGCCGCAUCUCAAUCUCUCGUCGUGUACCGCCCUGGCGCUUCAACAACCCUGGCGGCCAGACCAUUAUCUGCAUCUUUGAUCUCGUCGCGCUUCUUCACCCAACAAACCGGAACGGCAAUUGCCACAGAACUCCUCUACCGUAUCCUAUUCGAUAUCUUAAACCGUUUGAUUUCGUCUUUCCAGCGUCUCGCCUCGAAAGGCAUGCAAAAAUGCUCUUCCUUCAUAGAACAGAAACUACAAGAACAGCGUGACAGAUUGGCGGCCGCUAAAGCUGGUGCUGCUGAGGGUCUGAAGAUCGUACAGGAGGUAGGCAAGCUGGCCGAGGAGAGGGGAUUUAUUACGUGCCCGAUGACCGGCCACACGAUGGAUGCAAUACUGGAGGGAAAGAGGGCUCCGCCUGGGCCGCCGAUGUGGGUCAGAGAAGUGAUGGAGGGGAUCGACGAGGGGCGGAUACACGAUAGGGAUUUUUGGAUCCAGACUCAUGAGGGCUGAAGAGGGAACGCCUGCAAUAUAUGCAAGUAAAAACUCGCCAGAGAACCCCGUCACGCUCAGAAGCAGCACGCCUUCCCUAAUGACCUGACGCAGCGACGAAGUCGUAUCUUAC